CUUCCCGGCGGCUCCCGAGCGCCUCGCCGGGCCGCCUUCGCUCGCUGGUUGACAGUGCGCUUGCGCGGUCGCUGGGGGCUCUCCACCUCCGCCUCCCCUCCCCCUGACGCCCCGCGGGGGCUCCGGGCCCGGCGGGACCAUGUUCACCAGCACCGGCUCCAGUGGGCUUUAUAAGGCACCUCUGUCGAAGAGUCUUUUGCUGGUCCCCAGUGCCCUGUCCCUUCUGCUGACUCUCUUGCUGCCUCACUGUCAGAAGUUCUUCGUGUAUGACCUCCAUGCUGUCAAGAACGACUUCCAGAUUUGGAGGCUGAUAUGUGGAAGAAUAAUCUGCCUUGACUUGAAAGACGCUUUCUGUAGUGGUCUUCUCAUUUACAACUUCAGAAUAUUUGAAAGAAGAUAUGGAAGCAGGAAGUUUGCAUCCUUCUUGCUGGGCUCCUGGGUCUUGUCAGCCUUGUUUGACUUUAUCCUCGUGGAAGCUGUGCAGUAUUCGCUUGGAGUCACUGUGGCCAGUGAUUUACCUUCUGGAUUCUUGGCGCCUGUGUUCGCUCUCUUUGUACCAUUUCACUGCUCCAUCCCAAGAGUCCAGGUGGCGCAGAUCCUGGGCCCGUUGUCCAUCACAAACAAGACAUUGAUUUAUAUAUUGGGACUACAGCUUUUCACCUCUGGGUCCUACAUCUGGAUUGUAGCCAUGAGUGGACUUAUUUCUGGCAUGUGCUAUGACCGCAAAGUGCUCCAGGUCCAUCAGGUGCUCUGCAUCCCUGGAAGGAUGGCCCAGUUCUUCUCCUGGGCCCUUGAGCCCAUCUUCUCAUCUUCAGAACCCACCAGCGAGGCCAGGGUUGGGAUGGGAGCCACUGUGGACAUCCAGAGGCAGCAGAGGAUGGAGCAGCUGGACCGGCAGCUGAUGCUCUCUCAGUUUGCACAAGUGAGGCGACAAAGGCAGCAGCAGGGAGGAAUGAUCAAUUGGAAUCGGCUUUUCCCCCCUUUGCGUCAACGACGAAAUAUCAACUAUCAAGAUGGACGUCGGUCUGAGCAGCGAGCAUCUCCUCCCCUGGAAGUUUCUGAAGAACAGGUUGCCCGCCUCAUGGAGAUGGGAUUUUCCAGAGGAGAUGCCUUGGAGGCCCUGAGGGCCUCAAACAAUGACCUCAAUGUGGCCACCAACUUCCUACUGCAGCACUGACAUUCAGCUGCUGAAUGACAGUGAUGUGUCCCGCCACCACAUCAGCCUGAGGACCAAGCAGACUCCAGUACAGGUGUUCUCAAGAGGAGACGGUGGUUCCCACCAUACCCUGUCCUUAAAUCCAAGAUGGUUGCCAUGUAGUAUCAAAUAAGUUUGCCAUUAAAUUAGCAUGUAUUUUCUAUCUUUAUUUUUUUACUGGGCAUUUCUCAGUUUGGAGAGCCAUCAUUCUUACAUGUUCAAAUUCAUGACGGUUACAGGUCUUGGUGGCAGUUUUAUAGCAUUGAAGAGAGACAGCUAUCCUGAGGCUCCUGUGCUUGUGCUCACCUCUGUGAAGGGGGACAGGUCAUGUGACCUCAGGAUGGGUCACACUACUCUUUAUGGACUGUUUUUUUCUCUUCAAUUUGUAUUCACAUCUCAGUGGUUAUUCUGCUCAUACUGCCUAGACACUGGGCAGUGUCCUUGAGACCUCAAUGACAGAGGAAGCCAGAGAUUAGCUUCCUCCAGCCUAGGGAGUCUGUCCCAACUCCUGAUUUCAGUACAAAUAAUCUCAUGCUGAUGUGCAGUUCUGGAAUGCCCCAUGAUACCCACCUGGGGUUAUUUUGCUCAGAAUGCAUUACAGUGACCACUCAGGCUAAGGAGACUUAGUGGGGUUAUGCAGAGAGCAGGCGCUGGCCAGAAUAGCUCAGCCCCAGCCCACCCAGUCUGGGCAACCUACAGGCCCUUACACACACCACCAGCUCUUCUGGCCGCACAUCCUCCCUGCCCAUCCUUGCCCCUUGUAGUGGGUGAAGGGCUGCCCACUGUGCAGACAGUCAGGGAGGUGUAGGGAGGAGGCAGCACCCUGUGAGCAAGAACAGUUCUAGGAAUUGACAACCGUCCCAUAAGCAAACUGCAUCGGGUGUGUUCUGCAGGUGUGAUCUGCAAAAUGAGCAGCAAUGUGUCAAAUUGAUGCAAAUUUAGGUGUGUGAUACUUACAAUAAAGUUUUUAUGUGUUUUA